AUGAGCGCUGAUGCCGAUGCGACUCCGACGGAUCCGUUCUUGAAGCCUCGAAGGAGCCCCAAGACGAGCCGCUCAAGCGCUGUCAAUGAUAGCGCCAUGCUAGUGGAGGUCGUGGACGCCGGCCAGACAACUUCAUCCUCUUCUGUAGCAGCUGCUGCACUGUUCGCCGCACGCCUUCGGCCUUCCGUGACCGUCGCCACAGGAGCAAGUACAAGUCCACGGGAUACUCUGACGCCUCUAGCUAGCAGUGCGGCGACAUCUAGAGGUGGUGCCGCAAUCAUGCCCCAUACCCGCAAGCGAGAGAGACCGGCAGCGGAAUCGGCGUCCGCAGGGUCCUCUACUUCGACAACGGCGGCGCCACCGUUGGCGCAGAAGCGACAAGAGGCUGCCCAGCGAAAAAGCGAACCGUCCCCAUCGUCGUCCCGUCGUACAGGCGGCGCCGCUCGUACAGCCAUGGAUCAUGGCCAACACUCUAAGUAUAGGAGCGAUGAGGACGCACUUGGUGGUGCCACAGUGGCUGGGGGUGGCGACGACGCAGAGGGCUACGGGUCCGGCGAGGAUGGAGACGGGGACGCCGAGGAAAGGGCACUUGUCGCCACUGCCAGCUCUUUGAUGGCAGGCCAAGGCGCAUUUGCUACCACCUCAGCUGUCUCUGCAACGCCUCACCCCUGGCUCGUCACCGAUGCGUUUCAUGUAUGUCUUUGGUAUGUGCUGCGGUAUGCAGGAAGCGCCUUGAGCGCGGAGGACCUCUGGUCGUGUCGAGCCCUGGUCUCCUUAACGGCAGUCGACGCCACUGAAAAGGCACACGCAGGAGAGUGCGGACUUUUCAAAGGCGCCAUCUCUGGCACGGCAGGCGCUGAACGUAUGACAGCGGCGUUUGCUGCAGAACGAGCACCAGGCACGAGCAUGCAAUCAGACGGCUGGGAUUGGACUGGAAGUGAGGAGUCGGAGUUGCUUCUUAGGCUUCUCCUGCGCAAGUCGCACAGCUUCACCGCACGCCACCUCGAGCUCCGCUACGGAGACUGGCUUCACGUACAGUCUGCCCUAAAUGCGCUGACCCAACGACGCUUUCUCUGGUGGGCCACAAAGGGGACCUCACUCGACUCGGCCGCCGAUGGUGUUGGGACUGUGCCUCUGCAUGGCGCUGAGGAGGAAGCGGCUACAGACUUGACGGAAACCCCCUUGAUACCGGACGAUGAGCUCACCACAGAAAUGGCGCCAUCACAGCUGGUGAAGCACUACGACGGGGCACGAGUUGCGCGACUUCUAUUGAACUCUUGCGAUGAAGGCAGGACGCAGUGUAGUCACGCCGCUGCCAUCGGCGAGUCAGUGCCAACGUUCGGCAGCAUGGAGGCAGUCAUUCGUGUGGCGCAGGCGGUCCGCGUAACUGAGUUGCGGACGUUUCUGACGAUGUUGCGUCACCGCAGCAAAGCACGAGCUGCAAUGGAUGAAUCUGCUCAAGAGGGUGAUGAGUGCAUCACCACGAGCUCUAUCAUCUCCACCUCGGCAUCCACCCUCGGCAUUUCAGAAAACAUUGUCUGCAAGGAUGGUGGUGCUGGCAGGGAUGUGGUAGCGGAACAAGCCUCUGUGCUACGCUUAAAGAGCUGCAGCAGGGCGGCCGAUAUUGCCUGUGCGCGGCCGAGGCAGAUGAGUGAUAACAGUCUGUACGACGUGAUACCGGGACGUAAGCGAGACAUGAUUCGCUACCUCGUAGAGAGGCGAUACUCCGUGUGGGCGCCAUCAAGCACCGUCAAAGGUUCACCAGAAGUGUCGGCGACUCCAAAUACCGUAGCUGUGGACACAACGGUACCUUCGUACGACGCGCCUUGUACAGCGCCGCAUGCCCUCUGCUCUGCACCGUUGAUCGCCAGUCCUGCCCUUCGAGGUGCAGUUCGUUGCACCAGUGCCUCUGUUGGUGCCGCUAGUCGGCCCCUAUUUCGCCGAUGCUUCCGGACUGUGGCUGAGGAGGCGGACGCGGUGGCCCAAUGUUGGGAUCGUGUUAUCGGUUCCGUCUAUGUUCCCCACUCAGGGCUUAAGCAACAUCUUACGUGGAUGACAGAGCUAUUCCACGUGUUGAGCUCUAACCACGGUGCCGGAAUGAUGAGCGAGAAAGGUGCGAAGUCAGUAGUGGCCACAAUGACGGUAGCUACUCCGCCAACACUGCUGAUGACACGGCCACAGCUCCUGCUCCUUCUACAGACGCUCCGUGCCGCGCGUCGCCAGGAGCGGCCGAGCUUGCCUGAGUCGUCAUUAUCUACCGCGGCACACCUAAACUCGAACGUCUUCGCGGAGAGCGUUCCGUAUGCCCUACUGCCACGGUGGUUUUCAUCACCGCCGGUAGCAAAGGCGACAAGAGCAGUGCCACGUCCAUGCCGACAGCUGGACAGAGGCAUCCCCUCUAAUGGAGGUGCAGGAAAUACGAUGGAGAGCCAGCCUUGCCCUGAUGUUUCAGUGGAGCCGAACGACGACGAGUCUAACGCGAUGGAUGACAUUGUGUACACAACCCACUGGUUUCGGGCAUUUGGCGCUGCUGGGGAUGACGUGGCUGCCCAGACGUUUGCGACUCCACCGCGUGUGCGUCUCUUCGCCAGUCCUGCCAUCCUGCAGGAAUACCGCCGAGCCCUUUCCAUACAGCGCAAGCUGUACUACGCAACCGACGGGGCUACGACGGCGGCGCAGCGUCAUCGCGGAAAGAGCCGCACCUUCGUGUCGUGCAUGUACGACACUGUCAUGGCCGCCGUGCGCGCGGGUGUGGCAGCAGUAAAGCAGCAUCCACUUCACGCGCGCUCUGCUUCCUCUGCCUCUUUUGUCUCUGGUGAGAUGAGGCACUUUGUUUCCAUGUACCCACCUGCGCUUCCUGUCGUCUCUGACACAGCACCGUCGGUGACUGUAUCGCUGGAGUCAUUGGUUUAUCAGCAAGGGUGCUACGCUGAGCAUCUUCUCACUUUUACGCCGCUCUACCGCUGGUUUGCAUGCUUGGAGCUCUUAUUUCCACUGCUACAGAGCGGGCAGCGGUACUCUGACGCCAACGCCUGCCUGCACCACCUACUCUAUGAGCCGAUCUUCGUGCUGCAUCACCUUCCAGUGAGCGGCUCUCGCUCUCCCAUUUCCCCGGUCACCUAUGCGUUUUGCUUCAAGCCGCACAAACGCGGGAAGUGGCUGGCGCGGAUGGCCCAGAACCUCUCGCACCAGAAGCGUUACGCAGAGGCGCUUGCAGUGCUGGAAGAGUGCCAGGCGGGGUAUCACGAGCUGGCAAGUCACGCGAUGGGCGACGCGCGCUUGGCGCCCGCCGCCGCUGCCGUUGGUAACGGCGUCUAUGUAGCGAGUGCCAAGUGGCUGCCGUGUGACGUCAUGACCAAUUCUACAGCAGCUGCGCUCUGCGACGUGCUUAUGGGCAAUCGCUCUCCAACCAGUGAGUCUGCGUUGCCGUUAAAGGUGCAGCGUCGUGGUCGCAUGCUUCGUGUACUCUGGGGUGCCGCUGCUGCUGCUUCUGCGUUACCUGCCGCCGAUAAUAGCACCACUUCUCUACCGCAGGCAGAGAAGCCAUCGCCAGUCUCUCUCGCGUUACUUCAUGCAGCGUGGGAGUACGUGCGGGAUCGGUACUGCCGCCGCCAGGACCGGCUAACACUGGAGAGGUUGUUGGCAGUGGUGCACCGCAAGGUGCAUCAAUGGACUUCACUAGCAGCGCAUCGGGAUUUGGCAACUCGUUCUCUCGUAGACGUGGCUGUGCGCCACGUUGGCGGUGUGCGAGAUGCACUGAACCGAAUACUUUGGCGUGAGCCUAGCGUUCAAGCACGUGGGCUCACAACUACAUCAACAGGCGGGGUAGUGAGGGCGGCAAAAUCUAUGACUCCAAGUGAGGUGCGCAACCCGCAGCACCACCCUGCCUUGCCGGUUGAGCUAUUCGUUCUUCAGCACUACCUGAACCGAUGGAAUGGCGCCUCGUCGACGACGGCCACAGCUGCAGGACUUGCGACUGUUCCGCAGCAUCGGAGGCGAAACGACACAAUGGUGACCGACCCUCCCAAGGGGGAAACUGAGAGAAGCGACGGCAUUGGCGACGUGAAGGUGGCCUCUAUGUGGUGUGGGGAGCACUGUGAGGGUCAGUGGAUUGCCUGUUUUGCUCAUGCUUUCUUGUGGGACUGCUACUGGUCAUUUCCCCCUGUCUUUUCCCCGCUCGACGGAUUCCCAGUCAAUGCAUGCGACCACAAGUCUAACCGGCCGCCGCUACAGACCUGUCCGACCCACGGGGUACUCUGGCUCUCUGCGUUCCAGGACGGCCCACUUGACUUGGCCACCCCUAUUCAGUUUUUAUGGCGCCGACGUGCCUUGAUCGAGGCACGCCUGGCGAAGCUGGAGCGCUGCACGAGGGAGGAGUUGGUAGACUUUGUGGCUGCCCGCAUCAAGGUGGCAGGGAACACCGAAGGGGCAAGGCCGAGCAAGGCCAGAGCGCGAGAGAGAGACACAGAGGUUGAAGCACCACGUGCGGAAGAUGACGUAGUUCAGCGAGCGGAUGAGGACGAGGGCUACAGCGGGGACGAGGAGCGAGAACGCCGUCGACAUAGUCGCGAUGAGGGCGGCCGCAGCCCACGUCGCCCUCGCUACACCGCAAGGGUGGAGGAGAGGUGGUGUGUUAGCAAUGACGAGGACUCGGUGCUGAUUGCGUCUUCCUUUUCGGCAACGCCACUGCUUUUCACUGAGUUCACGACGCCGUCGCUUCUGCUUGGGCAGGUGGGGCAGGAAGCGAGUGCAGAGAUGGAAAGGGUGGGGUUGAUGAGAGAAAGCGCUGACGCAUCACUUUCCUCCUGCUCUUCAACGCUUGCCAUUCCAGAGGCAUGGAAGGUGCCAGUUGGGUCGCUGCCGCUGCUUGACAUCCUCCGUGCCAUCCCACUCGAGCCACUUUGGCGGCUUUUGCGGUGCCUGUAUCUCAGUCCAGUCACAGAAGGCGUGCCGCUGGAGUUUUCCGGUUUCCCCGACUUGGUUUUCUGGCGCACUGGCGGCUGCGGUGGUGGUAACUACAGAUAUGCGGCAAUUCAACCCUCGGCGGAGGAAAGCUCUACUGUGCUGCGAGCCUCUUUCUGCUUAAUGGAGGUAAAGAGCCCCAACGACUGCUUGAGCACAAAGCAGAUCGCUGUAAACGAUCUACUGCGUCGCUGUGGCUUCGAGGUCUUCGUCGUGCACGUGGAUGAGGUGCACGACGAUGGGAGGCGCGUCAGCACCAAAUGCAUCCGCUAG